AAGUUGGGUGGGGCCGUGAGAUGCAAACACGCACUGGCUUUUUUCCACAGCGUGACAGGUGACAACGAUCGUACUCUUACAAGCAAUCUCCUGUCUUUUCCUCGGGAAUUGGUGGUGAAAGUUGAGGUAUUGUAACGACCUUUUUGCUCGACAGUUCUUUUUGUAAUUCACAUUUGGGACAGUUGGCACAUUCAACCUGGAAAACUCGUUUGACCCGUUCGAAACUGUCGUGCUGUCCACAAACACUGCCAGAGGAAAUCGAGCUCCUGAUGAAUCGUUAUCGCAUGCCUCACCAUGGCCAACUUUGGGGGGCAUGCCAUACCUGGCUCCUUCUUCUUGCUCUUUGGAUUAUGGUUGACAGUUAAACACACACUCCAGCACUACUGGAGGAAAAACCAGCCCAAAGGCAGAGUUGUUUUGCCUCCUUUCUUUAAACGAAUGGACUACAUCGAGGGAGGGCUUCAAAUCUUUGCCUCAUUUGUCGGCAUCAUGGUGGAACAGUUUGUUGUGGACGGGCCGCAUGCACGCCUCUAUGACACGGACAACCAUUCGUGGGUCAAGCUGAUGAACUGGCAGCACAGCACCAUGUACCUCUUUUUCGGCAUCUCGGGAAUAGCUUUGGUGCUGAGCACCUUGUGCAAACUGGUGCCGCUUGGCGUGGACCGCCUUACCCUCUCCUUAGCUCUUUUUGUGGAAGGAUUUCUAUUCUACUACCACGUGCACAGUCGCCCCCCUCUGGACGCCCACAUCCACUCCCUGCUCCUGGUGGCUGUGUUCAGUGGGUCGGCCAGCAUCAUGAUGGAAGUGUUCUUGAGAGACAACAUUAUUUUGGAGAUGCUGAAAGCGUGCUUCUUCAUACUGCAAGGCUCGUGGUUCUACCAGAUCGGUUUUGUUCUUUACCCACUGAGCGGGCCGCAGUGGGAUUUGACUUUGCACAGCAACAUCAUGUUUGUCACUAUGUGCUUCUGCUGGCAUUUGGCGGUGGCUUUGUUUGUCGUCUCCAGCACCUCGGCUGCCGUUUGGAUCACCAUAAAGAGAUUCUCCCGAAGAGCCCGAGACAUCGAGAUGGUGAUGCGAAAUAAACUGUCCUCUGCAAACUCCGACAAAGCUUUGCUCGAAGAGUCAGAAGAGGAGUAACGGCUUGACAAUAUUCCUACUUGUUUUGUUGAAAAUUAGUAUUUGAACUGGACGAGUCUGUCUAGUCUUACUUUUCUUCUUCUUUCAAAUCUGUUAUUCUAUUAUUUUCAUUCAUCAAUCACACUCCUGUGGACAAUUGAGUCUUGGCUGAACCCCCCAAAGCCUGUUUUUAGAAUAUGUGAGGAACCUACUGAAAACUAACGCACGUAUUUGGAGAUCAUGCAGGAAUGUCAAACUUCCGAACUAUUCAAACCACAAGGCUGCCUUACAUUUUAAGAUGUGAAUAGACUGAAUACCACUCCUGAAAUUUAAAAGUUGAUGUUUAAAUUCUUUUUCUUGUCAAUCAUUACAAUAAAUGCAAACAAUGGAAAGUUAUGAGAUUUAAUCAAUUUUGUAAGUACUUGUAAUUUAACAUCUCAGAUUUAUCAUUAAAGGGAAUGAAAUGGA